UUUUGAUGUACAGCUCUACAUACAGGAUGGACACCACCAGCUAUUUAAACCCAGAAACUGCUGAACAUCAACGACAGGAGCAGCCUAAGAAGAGUUUUUGUGACACAAGUGAUCUUAAGACGAUUAAAAUCUUUCCAAGUCCUGGCACAGAAUUCAAUCCUACUGCAGAGGAUCUGCUCAACACGUUCUUGCCUUUUGGAUGUGUCAUUAGUGCUCAGAAAACAGUGAAAGAUGGACUCGUGUGGGGCAGGGUGACUUAUUCUAAUGCUCAUGAUGCUGCCAUGGCCGUAAUGAAACUGCAAGGGGCCGAAGGAUUCAUUGUGAGUCUGUUACACCACAGAGAGGCCCACAAGAAUGAAAGAUCGGAGAGAGCCAGUGACAGACCACCCUGUGUCCAACAGGACAGGUUUAGUAACAUGACACAGAGGAUACCCAGUCUGCUGGGCAAUCCACCAGUUUACGACCAGGAUGUGUGUCUUCAUAUUCAGAACUUGCCCAUACAUUUCCGUCAAAGGCAAGAGGUGCUCAGCCUCCUCCCUCCGUGCACGACCAAUGUGAAGGUGGAGCAGAAAGGAGCCCUAGUGACACUUCCUGACUACUCCACUGCCUUGUGGCUCAUGGAUUUUUUAAAUAACUUCUACACUGGCUCCAAACGCCUCUAUGUUUCCUUUGCCAAUAAAGGACGAGAGAUGCACCCCAGAGAGAGGAGAGCACUGGGACAACGCCAUCAACGGCACCAAGGUCUCUUCUGA